UAAAUAAUAUUCUAUUGUAUUGGGUCUAAAGUCUAGAGCUAAUUUAUUUUAUUAGGGCUACAGAUCUAGAAUCUAGAUCCAGAAACAGCAUUUUUUAAUCUUUCAGUUCAGUUUCAAUGUAGAUUGAAGAUAUUAGAUAUCCCCCCCCCCCACUUUUCAAUCACCAUAUUUUUACUCUUAGUUAUUUUAGUUGGAUUUAGUUAUUUUAGUAGGUCUAAGGCCUUUUAUAUAUUUAUCUAUGAUCUAGACUGAUUAAGUUACUCAACUUACAAUUAUAAUUAAUUAUUGAAGUUCUUGGUUAAAACAAUUUUUUUUCUAUAAACAUGGCCUAAGUCAUUAUGUCUGACUCUGGCUGUAUUUUUUAAAUUAUCUGUAAUUUAUUUAGGCUACAACUGUUAAAGGCCUAUUAUUCUAGAAUAAUCUGGAAAUAUCUGUACAGACCAUUUGGUGACAGGACAAAUGAUAUAUGUGACAAAUUCGUCCGUGAGAUAUUUUGUCUGAGAUCAUUUGUCCUGAGAUCAUUUGUCAUGGAACCGACCAUUUCUCUGCUUUAACUUACCUUAGUUAACACUUAAAUUGACUUUUAAUUAUUAGGCCUAUAUAAUUAUUAAUUAAGCUAAUAUUUAGUUGUAGUGAAAUCUAGUCUACUAGUAGUCGUAACUUUUUAAACUAACAAACUACUAAACUAGAUCUACUUAAACAUCUUAAAUAUACAAAUUAGAUCUAGAUCUAGAUUAAUUCGACAAGAAUGUAGACUAGAUCAAUUUUUUAAAAAAAAACAGUUAACAAUAAUUGUGCCUACUAAAAGUAGGCCUAAUUAUAAUAAAAUAUUAGUCCACCAAAUAAAAGUAACAUAAAAUAAAAAAAGAAAUGAAUAUCAGGUUAAACUUAUAGGCCUAUAUCAUAUCUAUUGUUGUUAUUAUACCUCUAUAAAUGCCAUGGAUUAGCCUUGUGCAAAUAUAAGUAGAAUAUAUUACUCUAAUCAACAUUAUUCUCUACUCUACCACUCUAGGCCCCAGCCCUAAUCUACUAAGUAAUAAAGUCAUGAUUAGAGAAUUACUUGAUCUUAGAUAGAUGGCUUUAAUAGACUUUGACUAAACUAAAAAGUCAUAAAUAUUUUAAUAUAGGCCUAAGUAUCAACUAUUAUGAACAAAUCUAAAUAAGUGUAUCUAAUAUACUAAAGUAAUAGGCCAUACACUCUUAUCAGAUCUAAAAAGUAGCUCUAUAGUCUAUUUGCCUAACACUUAUUUAAUUAGUUAAGUUUCCCUUAUGUGUCAUAAGAUGUUGAUUUUAUACAAAUUAUUUAAGUUUAUAUCUAAAUUUAGUAAGUUUUUACACCAAACUAAUAAAUUUAUUGUCAUAUUAUGCGGCGCUAAUCCAUCUUACUUGGCCUGGACUCUAGUAUCACUUUUUAGUUUGCCAGUUACUUGGAUUAGUUAGGUGAACAGUUGAUUUAUCAUUAGCAAUUCUCUUAAAAUGCAUGACUAUGUCAUUCUGCUGAGUAAAGAGUAAAGCAUAUAGGCCAUAUUAAAUCUCUUCAAAAAAUCGGUCAAAUAUUGUGGGUUUUUAUCAACCUCAUGUUUUAAGAACAAAACAUUACUGACUAGUGAUUAGUUAAUUUUGCAUUUACUUGAUGUUCAGCUACUUUCAAGUGACUAACAAGCAAAUAAUUGUGGUUGUAUUGCACUAUUUAAUUAAACUAGAAACCUUGCCUCUUUUACGAGUUAAGUUGUAAAGGAGAUGGCAUUAUGAAGACAUUAGGCAGAUCUCCACACUGGAGAUGUUGUUUCUUAUACUUUUUUACUACCUAGUGUCUUAAAUAACAUGGAAAGUGUUCACAUUAUUCCCUGGCAACCUGGCUCUUCCUGUUGAAACUCUUCUGUGUCUGAUAUUGCACAAACCAGUGCGAAAUCAUGGAAACCAGCUGUAAAAGUCUUGUUCAAGAAAAUCAGGAAGUGGUGCGAGAGCUGAUCAGUGAGGAUGAUGCAAGGACUGUGCCGGCCUUAUCAAAUCUUCACAUUCUGGAGAUGCCAGACUCCCUUUUUCUCCACAUCUUCAGCUAUCUCCCGUUCUCUUCAAUUGGAACCAUCUCACAGGUAUGCCGCAGGUGGCAUCAGAUAUCAUAUGAUGAACUUUUGUGGCGUAGCGUGUUCCUUGGACACUACAAGCUCCCAUCAAAAACUGUUAUGCCAGUCAAGGCCAAAUCCUGGAGGUCAGAGUUCAAACGCUUAUAUUACCAUACCCCUGCUGUGCUGAGUGAAGAGAGGAAAGAGCACAAGGAUGAAGUCCUACAUGUCAGUUUUUCUCAUGAUGGCACCAAGUUUGCCACUUGCUCCAAGGAUGGGUAUUUCAAAGUCUGGCAGUGUACCCAUCCUGUGGAGCUCUUGUUUAAAAUGGACAUGAAGAGCACAUUCAGUUGGAAAUUUACUCAGUUUUCUCAGUUCAAUGAGACAGACACAUGUCUCUUGGUCUCAGGUGUUUACUUUGGUAGACUGUCCACCUCAGGAGAGAUUGCAGUUUUUAAUUUACAAGAUGGAUUUAAGAUGCAGUGUCGUGUGACCAACAAGCCAUACGAUGUGUUUGGUGCCUGGUACGACAAUGACCACCUCUUGUCAGGAACACUGUACUGGACAGGAGACUUUAACUCUGUGUCUGCUGUUUGGUUAAGCAAGGUCAGAAAACUUGCAUCCCAGGAGGUGGAGUCUGAGAUAGAAUCUGUCAGCAUGGUCCUCUACAGGUUUGAGAACGUCAACUCCAGCUCUAUACGUCUGCUCCAUGUGGCAGAGAUUGAGCAGGAUGAGGAAAUGACAGAUAAAUCUGUUGAUGAGUUUAGUGACGCCAACACACGAAGCAACAGCCUAGGCCCAGAGGACCGAGUGUCCAGUGACUCCGAACCAGACAACAGGAAAAACUUUUUCCAUAACCAAAACAAGGGUCAACCAGAGGCUGAUAAGACUUCCAUUCUAGAUCAUCUGUUGAGGAAAGUCAUUGCCGAGGAUGAGUUUGACAUUGAGAAUGAGGACAAAACAGACGACGAAGAUGAGAUUGCUGAAGAUGACUUGUGUGAGCAGGAUUCGUGUGACAGGUUCGAGAGCGCUAGAGACUCACUGACACCUGCGGACGACGCGGUCUGCUGCUUGCUGGACAGCGAUGCCGGCGCAUCGGGCGGGUCAUUCCAGUCUGAAGUUUCAGACCAGUGUCCAGCUGCCCAGAGUUUUGGUCCCUGUCAUGCUGUGACCGGGUGUUGUCCAGUUGUUUGCAAAACACAGGUGUCAAAAGAUUGUCCAUUCACUACAAAUAACAUGGAUCUACUAUCUGGCAUGCUGGAUAACUCUAGCAGGUCACCUGGCAUGCUGGAUAACUCUAGUAGGUCGCCUGGCAUGCUGGAUAACUCUAGUAGGUCGCCUGGCAUGCUGGAUAACUCUAGUAGGUCACCUGGAUUGCUGGAUAACUCUAGCAGGUCGCCUGUUAUGCUGGAUAACUCUAGCAGGUCACCUGGCCAUGUGCCAGACUCCACACUGCCAUGUACGCUGUGGAACAAAAACAGUAUUAUGUAUUGUUCAGAUUCUGAUUCAAAUUGUUCCAGAAACUGCUCUCAGGUAGAGACCGUUCCUUCUCAAGGUGGCAGCGACACAUCUGUCAACACUCCAGCUAAGAGUGUCGGCCAGAACAUUGGUUCAAUGUUGGCCCGGGCCGCCAGCUGCGAUUUGGAUAUUUGGGACACGGACAGUGCCAUGGAAGAGCUGAUGAGGGACACUGAGCUGCAUGCAACAGCUUCGUCCAGCCACCAGGGACACACUGAAAGACCAUGCCACCCCUGCUCAUCUGUCCCACCACACCAGAAAGAAACCCCCCCUCACUGCAGCAUUCCCGGCUCAAAAAACCAUUCACCGAGCGAUGUGCCUUGCAACGACAACACCAGACCACCCGGCGUGGACAACAACAGCAACAACAUCAGCACCCUGCCCUACCAGGCUCCCAUAAACUUGGACCUCCACGCCAAGCAGGGCUGCUGCAACCACAUCAGCCACAGCAUCGCCACACAAACUGAGGGACUGGUCAGCCCCGCCAGCUCCUUCCACUCCCUGUCCCACAUGAGCCAUAGCUCCAGCCUCUCGCGAGACCUGGGCCAGAGCACACCCAGGGAGAAGUUGUUGAUAUACACUUGGGGAUCAGAGACAUACAUCCCGCAUAAAAUUGGAAUCAAGAGAAUGCGGUGGACAGACUUCAGCAAGGGGGAAGUAACAGCAAGGCGCUCAUCUAUGCUGUUACCUGAUGUGAUGGAGAACCUCCACAACAUGGCAGGGAACAGAAGGGAUAAGCCUGACGUUACCAUAGAGAUGCAUGGCCACAUAGUUGGUCUUAGCCUGUCGCCUGAUCACAAAUUCUUGUAUGUGAAUUGUCGCCCUUGGCCUCAAAACUACAUAAUCUCAGAUCCUCAAGAAUCGCCUCCCUUAGCUCAGGAAGUUGAGAUCUCUACAAUAGACCUGACAACUUUUAAAUUUGUGGGGCCAGUACUGAGGUCCCACAAGGCCUACACCCACAGUGAUGAAUGUUUCUUCUUGAACCUGGAUGUCUCAGAGCAUUACGUUGCUAGUGGUGCAGAGGACCGUCAAGGGUACCUGUGGGACCGGCACUAUGGUAUGCCGCUGUACAGGUUUCCCCAUCGCAAUGUGGUCAACUGCGUGGCCGUCAACCCUCAAGACUCGGAGCAGCUGGUGACUGUCAGUGACGACUACACCUUCAAGGUUUGGAUCUCUCGAUGUCGAGCCAAGCAGCUGGCGCAGGUAAAAUCUGGCGUCUAAGGCUCACAUCAAAAUCCAGGUGGAAAGGUGCCGACCUUUCUCAUCGCUUGAGGUCUUUUAAGGCUGGCAGCUGUGCUAUCCAGGACAAUGAAUCCUAGUUAGAUUCUUAGUGUGUUUAGUGGAGUUGAGCCGAGCUGUUGUUAAACUUGUUGCUUCCAGUUCAUAUAACUAGCAUGAUGCACUCAUUUCUUCAUACAUAUCUAUCAGUGUCUGACACUUGUAGCCAUGCUCAAUCCAUGUCAUUCAUUUUUUUCUCUCCAACAAAGUUGGAAGCUUUGCCAUAUUUCUACAUGCACUUUUUGUCUAGACAGACAUUUUGUUUUACUCUUCUUUUUUAGAUGUAUCAUCAUAUAUACAUUUUAAGCAAAAAAUGGAAAGUGCUUAGAAAAAUUCUUUGGUUUCGGCUGUUGAACAGCAUUUGUUUAAAAGAUAUUUCAAUAGAACUUUUUUGUGUGUGUUUAGCGAGUAGUUUUUUUGUCACUGUCUUUGAAAUAACAGUCUAGGCUGAGCUGUUGUAAAUGUCACUUUUCUUGGCCAUUUUGCGCGCAGCCUGUUGCCAUUUCUAAGUACAAUUUAAUAUUGUAUUUUACAUCAGUUGAAGGAAAAAUAUUUUGACUACUGCUCAUCAACUUGUCUUGAUGCAGAAUGUGGUGUUUUUUUUUUUUCUUCUUUUUGUUAUAGUGGUGGAGGUUUAAUUAAACACUCUUUAACGAAGCUCUGACCCCACCUAACAUGCAGGUGAAAACCACAGUAUAAAAAAGUGAUUAUAGUAUUUGGCCACUGGGUUUUGCCAUCUGAUUAUCUAGUUUUGUGCCAUGCAGGAAUUAAAUCAUUUAUAGGGGCGUAUCUAUCUGCUAUUUCUGUAACUAAAUUAUUUACAAGUUAAUUUUUUUUUAAAACUAGUGUUAAUUAUGCUGUGUUGAUCUAUUACAUCACAGAGAAACUUAAAUUAUAUCCACAUAAGCAUUUUACAGAUGAGCCUUAUAAACUCAGCCCUCCAUUUUUAAAAUGUCUCCAAGGGCAGUAACUUAGCUUUUUAUGUGUAGCAUACUGCUUUCCCUUUGCCAAAACAAAAUGAUUUGAAUACACUUGCAUGUGUACAUUUUCAUGUAAAUUUUGUUUCCAUUUCACAUCUACAUGCUUGUGUGGAAUGAGAAUACUUUUAUUGAAACACAUUGGGGGCAGCAAAUAUAACUGUUUUGUGUGUUAUUCCUGUCUGGAUAUAUAUUAUUGGUUCUAAUACUGUACUUGAAAUUUUACUGCAAAUAAAACUGUUAAAUGUGA